AUGAUGGCAAGGAAACCCGAGACGGGGUCAUUUGCCCGACGACGGGGCAUACGAACAAAUCCAUGGCUGUAUGGCGAUAGUCUUUCGCGUAGUGGCGGAUCAUUCCGUGGAGAAGCUCAAUCAUUGGAUCGCCGCUGUCCACCACCGACAUUAUUGGGCGUGAAAAGCCUCGAUGAAAGCACGUGCAGUUCAGGAUAUGGCAGUCAGGAUUGCAGUCCUGACUCUUCGGUACAUCUAUCGUCGUGGCAAACAGCCACCAGCCCAUACAGUGACGAACCACUUGAUGAAGGAUGUUACUUGGAGGAAACAUCGUCGUUUUCCACCUACGACAACGUCUGUGACGACGACCAGCACAUCUACCAUGAACUUGAGCUCUGCUGCCGUGUUCCGGAACGCAGCUACAGUUCCGAACAGUUGUCAAGCCUGGACGACUCCCGAGCCAGCUCUCCCAUCUACGCGUGCCCCGAUUCACCGAUAUACGCCCAGCCAUGGACAAAUUAUGAUCUGCCUGAGCGCCAUGUUCCGAACAUAAUUCUUGCCCAGGAGCGUAAUCCGGCAUCGAAGCCGCUCGUAGUACGUAAUCAGUCCUUCAAACGUGUCUUGCCGAAAACACGCGACGAGUACGCGACACCGCACACCCUAUCAUCGCCGAUUUCGUACGUGGAACGGACAAACUCGCUCGUUUACCCCGGAUCGUACUUCUCACGUAUUGUAAGCGGUGCUAAGGCAAAUCAAACCUUUGACGAUGCCCUGUCCAGAUUGGGAAAACCGACUGACGAUGGAAGAAUCUGA